UGGACGGUGGUACGUUAUGGGUUUUAAGUAACGUUAACAUGCGUCUUUUAAAAGUAAACGAUGAUCCUGUGUUAUGUUUGGGUUUUAUUUUAAUAUGCGGCAUUAUGAUUCAGCCGGUUGGCUACUGAUUAAUGGAUUGUCCUGCUUGCUAAUUGUCAUGUCCUGAGCUACCGGCCGUCUGGAAUAAAUACCAUGCUGUCGUCGUUGGGCCACAACCAUCCCUAGUCCACACAACUGAAGUUUUUAAAAAUGUGAUUUAAGUCAGUGGUUUAUGCUGGAGUGCUUUGGGGCCGCAAAAACAUUCUUACUGAGUUGUUUAGGGCCAUCAAUACCCUGGGUCUGACUGUUGUAGUCAUAGCUAAAGCUGACAAGCUAGCGUUAGCUUGCGAACGUAGCUAGCAUAUAAUUUGAAAGCUGGCUGCUGGUGCGUCUCUUGUCUUUUCCAUAAAACAAGAAGUGGACAGAAAACACCUUCAUCGAUUGUGCAUUUCGAGAUAUUCUAAGCUUAUAUUUACCAGGCAGACAUGCCGAUUUGUUAACAGUUGGCUCCGCUCCUGGAUGUGAAUAGCAAGCUGGCUUGUCAGUGUCGUGGAUCGAACAUUAAUUUAGCUGUCAAGCUAACUAGCGAUAACUACUUGCCAACAGUAAUAUUCUUCAAAACACAUGGCGGUUUCCGAGAUUGAUUUGAGCUGAAAUACGCCGGUGUGUCUAACUGCUUUGCUGACUGUGACUAUUCUCUCUGUAGGACAUUAGCAUUAGAUUUAAUAGCUAUCGGAUCGAUUUCCUCGUCGCGGUAUCUGUAAAUUGGCUAAUUUGCGAACUAUUCUGGUGGUAUGCUAAUGUUAGCAGACGUGGUUCAGGUUACCCCAAAACAGUAUGCAAAACUGAUAAAUGGAUGUUGCGAGAAACGUGAUUCACAAGGUCUGUGCUAGCGGGCUCACCACUUACCGUCUGAGAUGGCAUCAGACUCCAGACAGUUGUAAGGAAAAAAAAAAAAAAAAAAUACUGACACCUGCCAACCCUUGCUAACUUAGCUUUUCUCUGUUGAUGUCAUGGAUGUUUGCAGCGUCUUGUUUUUUAAUGUGUGAGAGAGUUGAUAAAUUAGCUCGUUCGCUGAUAUUUUUUUAUUAUCAUUUAAUAAAAAUGAAUUGUCGAUCAUUACGCGUCAGCUAAAGUUAUAGCAUUAAGUGGGCCUCCAAGACGUCGUACUCACUUGGUUUUGUUACAGUCUGUUAUUUCAACACCCGAAACGAUUAGUUAAACUUUGUCUCGGUUUUGAGGCAGUGUUGUUAACGGUGACUCAGGUUUCGAGGUAGCGUAAUGAUCCGAGUUAUUUUAGUGUGUUGUAAUAGCAUUGGUGAAAAAAAAAAAAAAGAGGAAGAAACCGGAAAGCUGGCGCGUGCGCUACCUAAAGCACACUAGACAGACUCGAGCUGGUCUGUCUCGUUUACGCAAGAGAGAGGGCAAAGUUCACCGGAAUCCACGGCCUGGAUCAUGGACCAAGAAAACAAUUCGGAGGAGGAGUCUGUCGGUCCCUCUGAAGAUGACACACUACCCAGCCUACCCAGCCUACCCGCCGGCCUCUCCGACGCCCAGGCGGUGGAGCUCCUGUGGCGGGUGCGGGCGCAGAGACGGCAGGCCGCCCCGGCCCUCCCGGAGACGGUGACCGUGCUGACGGCGGCCGACGGCAGCCUGCUCUACCUGGUGGGCACGGCGCACUUCAGCGACAGCAGCAAGCAGGACGUCGCCACGACGAUCCGGGCGGUGCAGCCGGAUGUGGUGGUGGUGGAGCUGUGUCAGUACCGGGUGUCCAUGCUGAAGAUGGAUGAGAAAACGCUGCUGAAAGAAGCCAAGGACAUCAACCUGGAGAAGGUGCAGCAGGCCAUUAGACAGAAUGGGGUGAUGUCGGGGCUGAUGCAGAUUUUGCUGCUGAAGGUGUCGGCUCACAUCACAGAGCAGCUGGGCAUGGCCCCCGGAGGAGAGUUCAGAGAGGCCUUCAGAGAGGCAGGUCGAGUGCCCUUCUGCAAGUUCCACCUGGGCGACCGGCCGAUCACGGUCACCUUCAAACGCGCCAUCGCCGCGCUCAGCCUGUGGCAGAAAGCCCGGCUGGCCUGGGGCCUCUGCUUCCUGUCCGACCCAAUCAGUAAGGAGGACGUGGAGAAGUGUAAGCAGAAGGACCUGCUGGAGCAGACCAUGUCGGAAAUGAUCGGGGAGUUCCCAGCGCUGCACCGUACCAUCGUGGCCGAGAGAGACAUCUACCUCACCCACACGCUCCGGCAGGCCGCACGCUGCGUGGAGGCGCCCCCUAAUGGCCAGAAAGUGCCCGCGGUGGUCGUAGGAGUGGUGGGAAUGGGUCACGUCCCGGGCAUCGAGAGGAACUGGGACAAGCAGCUCAACAUUCAGGAGAUCAUGAGUGUGGCUCCGCCCUCUCGGUUCGGCUGGCUGCUCCGGACGGUCCUGAAGGGGGCGGUGCUGGGAAUGCUGGGAUACGCCUGUUACCGGGCGGGAGGGGGCGUCAGCAGGGCGCUCCUCUCCGUGCCGGCGGUCCAGUCGCUACUGGAGAACCUGCGACCGCCCCCCGCCUCCUAACUCCGAGCCCCGCCCCUUCCCCCCCCCUCCCCCGGACAGACUGCAGACGA